AUGGAGGUCACGCCAGGCCUCGCCGAGCCUGGGGCCGGGUCGCCUUCGCUCAACUUAGACGUCCUCGCCACUUUGUGCACCUUCCUCACCGAUGAUCGCGAUAUACUGUCGUUCUCUGAGACCUGUUCAGCACUGCGACCAGUUGCUGUCAUGCACCUACUGAGCAGCCGCCCUGUAUUUCUCAGGAAUCCAACUUCCGUUGGCACAUUUCACGACUUCGUCUUUUCGGACGCGGCUGCACGCUUGCCUCAUAUCACCGCGCUCGAAGUCUACCCCCUUGUUGACGAUCCAGAUGCGUUGGCCCUCGUUCUGCGCGAGAGCUACCUCAUCCGAAACUACAAAUGUCUAGGCGACCCCAGGAUAGUCGCUGCCAUCGGCAAGCUCACCACCUUACGGUCACUCACAGUCGUGAACUAUCCCGGGAACAUGUGGACUAUAUCAUCUGUCAGCACCCUCCUAUCCCACCUUCAGUCGACCCUCGCAACCCUUAGGCUGGACCUCCUUAUCGCGCAGAUGCAUGUUCCUGACCUCACCGAGUUCUACCCUGAGUUUCGGGAGCGCAACCGCGAAGCGCAAGAAAGGCGCACCUGGACGCGACUCCAACAACUCAUUUGUGGUGCCCCCACAUUCUACCUCCUUGGCCUCCUAUGUCCCAUCGACAUCUGCAAUAUCCAUGACUGUGAUGUGCAUUCGAAGCAAUAUGUGGUGGAUACCUUGCAAGGAAUGAGGCCUCCCUCGCGACUGAAGCUUCACGUCAAAUUGUCCAAGGGCCUCGAAGUGCUGAGGGAAUUGAUACCUCCGGAGACCGCGGCGACCCUGACACACCUCACCCUCUGUUUGGUAUAUGAUGAUUAUGACCGUUUGCCUCGUUCUGAUGCCCUUAGCAUUCAAUGGGAUGAAUUAUGGCAAACCGUCCAAGUAGUCCUCGGGCAAUUGCCUGUCUUGACUCAUCUUCGCAUUCUGUUCCACUGUAACGAUCGGAGUACCGCACGCGGCUUUCCCGACGACCACUUCGUCAACGCACUACGUCCUGCUACCUUCGAUUUCACCGCUGCUGCAUCUACGAUCAUGCUCGCGGUUCCGUAUCUGCAAUACGCCUUCUUGGCCACCAGCGCGUGCAUCACAAUCUCCAGGAGGGCCUGGCCAGAGGUUGCGGUUGCCGAGUGUGAUCGAUGGCUGAAGUCCCGAGCUUGGCGCAUCGCGGCAUUGGGAGAAGCGCGCGGAGACGCGACUCGUAGGGAACUGGUGCCGUUACAUCCUGGUAAGGCCGAAACAAUCAUCCGACAUGAGGAUCUCGUUCUAUCAGAUUAUGCAGAAGAAGACACACGCUUGUCUACGCAUUACUGA